AUGCGGGAAGAGAAAGCCGCGAAAGAUAAGGCGGAAAAGCAAGCUGCUCGUGUCCUUGAACAAAUUGAAGCUAAAGCAAAGCGCAGUUAUCAGAAAGAUUUGGAGAGUUUUAAGGAGGCAAGAGAGACUAAUGCACAAGCACUUAUUACUGAAGAUAAAAAUCAAGGAGCUUCUGAUGGUUCAGCUAUGCCGGGAGAUUGGGAUUUCGAGAGCUCAUCAGGUUACUACUAUAACCGAAAAACGAGCUGUUACUAUGAUCCUAACUCUGGCUUCUACUAUACAGAUGCUCUAGGUAAAUGGGUGACUCAAGAAGAGGCGUUUGCUUCCUUUCAAGUUUCCUCAGGGCCCACUCAGCGAAAACCCAAUUUGGAAAACAAUAAAAUCGGCUCGACGUCUGAAAGUGGGCCCCCACCGGGACGUGUGCUUUCUACACCGCCUAACCCAAUGAGGUCCGUGAAAGGGGCUCAAUCGUCCAUCGCUGUUAAGAGAAAACGAGCGGACGAGAAAACCAAACCCAUGUCCAAAGAAGAGGCAGAAGCUCGUAAAGCGAGGGAGGCCGCUAGAAAACGAGUCGAGGAGAGAGAAAAACCGCUGCUUGGUCUUUACAAGCGCUGA